UUGAGAUGGCCCACCAACUCAUCUCCAAUUUCAAUGCCUGUCCAAUCCUUCAUAUCCCUUCCCCUACUGUGUGUGUAUUACUUAAUUGUCAGAGGGUUUUCGGUUUUCCAUUUUUCAUUUGUUCUUCACUUUCUAGAACAAAGCAAGACAAAACAAAUCACCCUCAAAAUCAAGAUAUUCCCCCAUGGCUUCCAAUUUGCAGAAGGAAUCCACUGCUGCUGAUGAGAAAUCGACUUUGACAAAGGAGAGCAAAAGUUCAAAACCAGAAACAUCUGCCACUGAGAACAAAACUUCAAAACCAGAAACUUCCACUGGGGAGUCAAAACCAGCACAGGCUGGAGCUUCUCCUGACACUAUGCCUGGAGCUGCUGUGUUUGCCCCACCCAAUCCAUUUGAUUUCUCAGCCAUGAGUGGCCUUCUUAAUGACCCAAGCAUCAAGGAACUAGCUGAGCAGAUAGCAAAAGAUCCUUCAUUUAACCAAAUGGCAGAGCAGCUUACUAAAACAUUUCAAGGGGCAGCAAGUGAAGAUAGUAUGCCGCAGUUUGAUGCACAGCAGUACCAUUCAACUAUGCAACAGGUUAUGCAGAAUCCCCAGUUUAUGGCCAUGGCUGAGCAACUUGGUAAUGCAUUAAUGCAGGAUCCGGCUAUGUCUGGCAUGCUUGAUAGUUUAACUAAUCCUCAACACAAAGACCAGAUUGAGGAAAGGAUGUCACGUAUCAAAGAGGAUCCAUCGUUGAAACAUAUUCUAGAAGAAAUAGAGACAGGUGGUCCUGCAGCAAUGAUGAGGUACUGGAAUGAUAAAGAGGUUCUGCAGAAAUUGGGUGAAGCAAUGGGUCUUGCUGUUGCAGGAGAUGCUGCCACUUCUGCUGGUAAUUCUGCAGCUGAUGAAGUUGAUGAAGUAGGAAAUGAGGAUGAGUCAAUCGUACAUCAAUGUGCUAGUGGUGGUGAUGUUGAGGGUCUAAAAACUGCACUAGCAUCUGGUGCUGACAAGAAUGAAGAAGAUUCAGAGGGAAGGACUGCAUUGCAUUUUGCAUGUGGAUAUGGUGAGGUGAAAUGCGCCCAAAUCCUUCUUGAAGCUGGAGCAACAGUGGAUGCUUUGGACAAGAACAAGAAUACUGCACUUCAUUAUGCUGCUGGCUAUGGAAGGAAAGACUGUGUGGCCCUUCUACUGGAGAAUGGCGCUGCUGUCACUCUCCAAAACAUGGAUGGCAAGACUCCCAUUGAUGUUGCCAAGCUCAACAAUCAGCAUGAGGUACUAAAGUUGCUGGAGAAGGAUGCCUUCCUCUGACCUGGGAGGGGGCACUGUCAUGUGCAUGUUUGGGUCGAGCAUGUUAUAGGCAUUUUACUGUGCUAUUAGACAGACAAAUUUGCUUUGAUCAUUAUGGGGUUGUGAUCACAGCUCGACGUGUUGUCUAUCUAUGCUGUUCUUGCUGCCGUUUGGUUGAUACAUUUUGAAUUUUUUUUAAUCUAAAAUUAUCGUUUUAAUUUAUUUCCUGAAA